AUGGAUUUACAAACGGUUUAUACGGAAGGACAUGUCUUCAAAGAAAAUAAAUUGAAGUUUGCUAAAUAUUCGGGGUUUCCCAGAUAUUCAGAGCUUGUUAAUAUUCAGAAACAGUUUGAUCGACCAAAAGAUGAGAACGAUUUGUAUCCUGCUCGGAAUGGGAUCCAUAUUAUCCAUAAAAAGAGGAAAGCAGACGACGCCAAUUUGCAGAUUCACGAUGGCUCUUCUGCACCGAGGUUACACCGCUUGCAUGUUCCUUCUUCUCCUAGUGGUCAUUUACAUGGUCAUUUGGGAGCUCAUGUUGGCUCGUUUUUACAGCAUCAGACAUGUACUUACAACGCAUCUGAUAUCUCUGCAAUAAAUGCCUCAAUAACUGACAUCUCAAGUAGUGCUAUACAGUUCUCUAGUAUGAAUACGCUGCCGGCUGCAACCACAAAGGCGAACUCAAAGCUAACUACAACUGAAGGUGACUAUGCCAUAGUUGUCGGGGAGAUGCUCAAUUCUGGUGGCGAGGCAUAUGAAGUUCUUUCAUUUCUCGGGCGAGGAACUUUCGGCCAGGUUGUCAAGUGCCGCUGUCGAUCAACGAGUCGCUAUGUAGCUAUCAAGAUAUUGAAAAAUCUACCUUCCUAUUUAAGGCAAGGCAAUAUAGAGAUUCAAAUUUUGCAAACACUGGCUCAACAGGAUACAGAGUCUCAUAAUAUUGUCAGGGCGAUUGAGUGCUUUCAACAUAGAAACCAUAUGUGUUUCGUGUUUGAGUUAUUGGAUCAAAACUUAUAUGAGUAUCUCAAGUCAAAUAAGUUUCGUCCACUGACGCUUCCUGAGAUCCGCCCCAUUUCUCAGCAGGUUCUUACGGCCCUAUCAAAGUUAAAGACUCUUGGUUUAAUUCAUGCUGAUUUGAAACCGGAAAAUAUAAUGUUAGUGAAUCCAAACUCAGAAAACAUGCGUUACAGAGUCAAAGUAAUCGACUUUGGUUCUGCAUGCCAUAGCUCCAAAGCUGUUCAAAAUACUUACCUUCAGUCACGUUACUAUCGUGCUCCUGAAAUCCUUCUGGGCUUGCCUUUUGAUGAAGCAAUUGAUAUGUGGUCACUGGGAUGUGUUUUAGCUGAGCUUUUCCUCGGCUGGCCUUUAUAUCCUGGUUCAUCUGAAUAUGAUCAAAUGAGAUACAUAGUAGAAACUCAAGGUUUACCCCCUUCUGAUAUGUUAAAAAAUGCUGGAAAAUGCAACACAUUUUUUGUACGUGAUCAUUAUCGAUGUGAUUGGCGGUUAAAGACUCCGGAAGAAUAUGCUUCUGAAACUGGUCAGCAAGCUAAAGAGGCUAGGAAAUAUUUCUUCAAUUCUCUAAAUCAAAUCCGUGAUGUAAAUGGACAUUCUGCGUCUGACGAAUUAGACCUUGAUAUCGUCGAUCGCCAGCAAUUUACCUAUCUUUUAACGGAGAUGCUAAAAAUGCGUCCAUGUGAUCGAAUAACACCUGAUGUGGCCCUUCAACAUUCGUUCGUAACUAUGACUCACCUUCACUGUCAGCCUUUCGCUAAACGAACUCAAGAAUCUCUCACACUGAUGCAGGUUUGUCAUAGUAACGCACGUAGGCAGCAUGCAACUGAUUUUAAUUCCAAUUCGAAAUGUAUGUCUUUACCACAGAAGGUUGUUAGCACUUUCCCGGAAACUCUUCAUUAUGUUACUUCGAAUAUUAUUGAUACUCGAACUGCAUUGUCUACACAAAUUAACAGCCACCCGUAUCAUCAAGCCAAUCACUCAUCUAACUGUCGGGCUGAUGCUAGAGCUGCAUACUAUGCCGCGGCAGCAGCAGCGGCGGCUGCGUUUUCGGCGAAAUCAACUUCACAGCUCAUUCCAAUUCCUAAUAGUAAUUCAUCCAGCUUCCCAUGCUUGCAUCAGUACUCUUCACUGAAUGCUAUCAAUGAAACUAAUCAUGUGUCUCUUCCUGCUACAGAAUCUAGGAAUGUUUGUGCGAGACCGAGUCAAGUAACUGCUGAUAGUUUACCGGCAACAUAUGCUUCUCCAAUGCAACGUUCUCUUUCGUUCUACGACUUGGUAACUGCUGGUGGUGCUGGUAGUGCAUUAUCCCUACUAAAUGCUGUCACCGCACCUGCGCCAUCACCAUUUUUAAUUAGUAGCUCCAUUCCAGCUCCAAGAGUGCAGCCACUGAGUUGUGUCUCGACAAACUCUUCGCAAACAAACCAUAUCCGACAAAUGCUACAUCAUCCUCUCCAUUCUGUUUAUAUUCAACCUGAACUCAGCAGGUUAUCUGAAGGUGACAAUUCAUUUAUGUUGGAUAUUGUAGGUCGAGAAAAAGGUAAUGGGGCUUGUACUGCUCGUCAAGAGUCCAUUGAUGUGGCGUGUAAACCGAAUACUGGUUUAUGUGAUACUCUGUGUGCUUUAGUAAAUCAGCAACAUUUAUAUCAAUAUCCCGCAACUGCUGUUGCAGCCUUAGCUGUGGCUCAUCACCAGCAAAAUUUCAACAAUAAUCAAAAACAUCCCUCUACUUUAUUUAAGUCCACCCGCAGCAGUGGAUCUGAGUUCGUUAACAAUGUCUCCAGAAGAUGUAGUGAGUGUCAUGGAGCUUGUCCAUCACAUUUAGUCAAAGGUCCAUUGAUUAAUUCGAGAAUCAAUGAGAUAGUUCGAACGGACCUUAAUUGUUCUCGUGCUCCAAUGUAUGAAGUUCAUGGAUCGGUAACUCAACAAUCUCUGUCACGCCAGGACUCUACUUCAUUUCAUUAUCAAGAUCAACAACCUCACAUGGUCAACCAUAGCGAUGUCCACAAACAUUCUGUUGCUCAAGUCCAACCGAGCAAUCCUUUUGUGAAUGAUACAGAUUGCAUGCCUAUGAAUUUAGUAACAAACAACUCAGAACCAGUUGUAAAUAAUGCUGUCAAUUUGUCAAUGCUUCCUCCAAGUUCUUCAUAUAACUCCAAUCGCAUGAAACGUCAGUCUGUCGCUAUAAAUUCUAGUUCUGAGAAUGUAGAUAGGAUUUCUCAUAGUUUAGUUCAACAUGAUACAUUUAGCUGUCCUUCAGAAAUUAUAUCAAAUCCUAAUGCUAUCAAAUCGGAUUGUGGAUUUCCGGGGGCGUACAAGUCAACCUUCGAUUUGAUGUGCCAACAGCGUUCCGAUAAAAAAUACCAGUUGGUCGCGUUCAACCGAUGAUAAAACAAGAGGAUUCAAGUCAUUUACAUUCCUCCAGUCGACCUGUAUCGUCACCUGUCAACUAUAUACCACCUAGUCGAGAGUCUGUUGUCUGGGGAUCAAAUCCAAGUUUGUUUGUAU